UGGAAACCGGCCCUCAAUCUUCAACCGCGCUUUCAGUUUCCACUCUCUUUUCAGGUUCAGGUUGAGAAAGCUGUGGUUGAAGUAAUACUCAGAGUUUAAGAGAUGAAGAGCAUGGGGUAUAGAGACGAGGAUGGAGAGCCGUUAGUGGAUUUUGAUGACGAUGUCCAGUCUGAUCAGGAGACCCAGGAAAACAACCUUUCUGACAAUCUUGAUGAUGAUGGAUGGGACCAGAGGGAGAGUGAACAAUCACAAACUCUGGUUUAUGACAAUGAUUACAAAUCAAAGUCCCGAAAGCGGUUGAUUAAAAAGUCUGAUGGGAAAGAGAUUGUUUCAGAUCAUGGGCUUGCGGAUGAAGACGUUUAUGGCGGUGCUUAUGAUGAUAGCAACCCAGAGAUGGUAAGGGAUGAUUCUGAUGGACCCGAAUCCUCCUACUCUGGCAUGGGGAAGAGGAAGCACAUUGAUGAUAAUGGUGGGGGAAAAAGGAAAGAAAAGAAUCUGGUGGAGAAAAGGGAAAAAGGUGGUAAAAAGUUUAAAUCAAAGAGUGGAGGGAUCCCAAGUGCACACAAGAGGGGCAAAGAGGGUGAUCAAGAGCUCAAGGAGCUGUGGGACACUGUUGCUGGUGGUGAUUCUGAGGAUGACCGAGAUGGUGCCAAGACAAUGGAUGAUGACAACUUCAUAGAUGAUAGUGGUGUGGAUCCUGCUGAUAGGUAUGGAAGUGAUCAUGAACCACAAUCUCCUGGAAGUUAUCCACAGGCAGAAGAAGGUGAAGAGGAUGAUGAAAUAAAGCAACUAUUCAAGAUGGGAAAGAAAAAGAAGAAAAAUGAAAAGAGUGCUCAUGAAAUUUCAUUAUUAGUUGAAAAUGUAAUGGCUGAACUAGAAGUUGUUGCAGAAGAAGAUGCUGAGUUGAACAGACACUCUAAACCUGCUAUCAUUAAACUUAAAAAGCUGCCUCUUCUUACUGAUGCCCUGUCAAAGAAACAACUUCAACAAGAAUUUUUAGACCAUGGAGUGUUGACGCUCUUAAGGACUUGGCUUGAGCCCCUUCCAGAUGGAAGCCUGCCCAACAUAAAUAUUCGUGCAGCAAUCUUAAAAAUCUUAACAGAUUAUCCAAUUGAUUUAGAACAGUAUGAUAGAAGGGAGCAGCUUAAACAGAGUGGUCUUGGAAAGGUAAUCAUGUUUCUUUCGAAGUCGGAUGAAGAGACCACGGCUAAUCGGAAACUUGCUAAGGACUUGGUUGAUAAAUGGAGUCGACCCAUUUUCAACAAGAGUACGAGAUUUGAGGACAUGAAGAACUUUCAAGAAGAGAGGGCUGCUUAUAGGAGGCCACCUGUGAAAAAGCCAAUUAACAAAGCUUCUGGAAUGCAAUCUAGGGAUGAUGACCUUGACUUGGCUGAAUUCUCACAGGGGGUGAAGUCUGGUCAGUCAUCCAAAUCCAGGCAACUUACUUCACGGCCUGAAGCUAUGCUGAUGGAUUUUGUUGUUCGGCCUCAAUCGAAGGUUGAUCCAGAGGAAGUUAGGGCCAGGGCAAAACAAAUAGUGCAUGACCAGCGUCGCCUCAAGAUGAAUAAAAAAUUACAACAACUAAAAGCACCUAAAAAGAAGUCUCUCCAAGCUUCAAAAGUCAGCGUGGAGGGCCGCGGAAUGGUCAAGUAUUUGUAAUGCUUUCACGCACGGGCGAGAAAAAUGUUUAGCCAACAAACAACAAAUGCAAACUCGAUGAUCUUUUAAUUUUUUUCAGGUACAGUGUGCUAUCAUCUCUCCAUGUGAUGAUGUAUUAUACUGCUAUUAUAGGGUUAAGUUUUAAAUAUUCCCGCAUGUGUAUUUAACUGAUAUGAUGGGUGGAACAAUGUUUUAUAUACUCCGCAGUUUUUGUUACAUAAGAACUACUCCGCAUAUCCUUAAAAAAAACUACUCCGUAUAUACUUUCUCUAUUUCAUAGUACGGAGUACUUUUUAUAUUAAGCUUUGGGUAGUAAAUACAACAAUGUAUU